AUGGUAGAGAAAAACUCUGUUGUAGUACAGCUGGGAGAAGCUGCAAGCUACUGCGGGUCACACUUUUGGAACCUCUUAUAUUACAAUAGCACUCUGGUCUCGAGUGGUGGGGUUUCUCACGAAUGUCUCUCGUCUGUCGAGGAAAGGUUUUGGGCAGCGCGUCGGGAGUUUUUCUGGGAGCCAGAUGAAGGACCUACUGCUGGCCAAGUCGUGCCGAGACUUGUUGCACUGGAUCACUGUUCACUUGAUUGCAGUGAAGCUCCUAUCAGCAGGGCACUCGAACCGCACGAAGAUCCAAUUUCGAAGACGUUAUGGAAGGGUCCGACUGAACGCCUCUCUUCCAGCCAACAUGACAGAAGGCAUGCUUUUCAGGUUGAUCGACAGGCCGGAACGGUGAAAUCACCGGACGCGUAUAAUUUCGAGGAAAGUGUACGGCACUGGACAGACUUCCAAGCGUUCCCCCUGAGUAGUCGGUCAAAAAUUCGAACUCAGACUCUGCUGCACGAUCUGGAGUCUACAAAGGCAUCCUCGACCACGUUUGCUGAAACCAGAAUUCCCGAUAUCGCAGACACACCAUUAUCGAACCAGUUUGUUCGCGACCUAGAGUUAUUUCAAAGGGGCUACGAUGCCGUGCAAAGCAAAAAACAAUCCGAAGAGCUCCUGGAUGCAGUACGUUAUUUCGCGGAAACCUGUGAUUCUCUCACGGGAUUUGACAUCCAUGGGUCCCUGGAGCACGCAGGGAAUGGUGGUGUAUUAUCAGGGCUCGUUGAAGAACUUUCGGAUCUUUUCGGCACGAAAAAGAAUUUUUUUAUCUUUUCCAUUGAUCCGAAGCUGGAUGUCAAUGUGGGGCAAAUUGGAGAGGCGCUACUUGUUAGCAGCUUGUACACGUCGAGUGCUUCGGGGGAAAAUGAUCACAUCGCAUACUUGCCUGUUCGUGCGAGGAAUCUGCGGAAUACGCAACGCGAACGGCUGUGGACGCUAGAUGCACGGGGCCUGUCUUUCGAGGAUCUUACUUGUAAUUCGUUUGGCUGGACUGCGAGUGUUGCCACCGCGCUAGCUGUGAAUAGAAUAUUGGACGCCCAUCCGCUGGAGCAUAGGCUUCGAGUCGCAAUGAGCGGUAACCUUUUGGGCCUUCGCCAUCGUUGCAUAUUCGAUUUGCGGGCCGGAUUUUCACCAUUUUCGCUGUUUAGGAACUCUGCCGGGAGCAAUGACGUACCGACGCAGAACUUCGAUCUUUGCAAUCUAUCCACGGCAGGCUGGCUCCGGCAAUUCGUCGAUAAGGGAUGGUGUAUGCGACUGAAACAACGGCUGCCUGGCUUCGUCAAGCAUCCUAUUGCGAAUGAUGAGUCUACCUUACCAGAGGCUCUCAGCAACUUUUGCCGUGCCUUGGACACCGCCUCCAUAGAUGAGCUUUUGAAUCAAAAAAGCAGUUUUACUUCUGAAUCAAAGACGGUCCUAAUGCUACCGCAUCCAUUUCCACGCGAAAUUCGACGGUAUGCAGCUCACGGUGAGAGACACGAUGAUCAAGGGAAAAGUUUCGUGCAUUUUCUGCAUUGCAGGACGAGGCUGGAACAGUCUCGCAGCACCGGAGCCGAUAUCCAUUCUUGGGCAUUGCAACUCUGGUGUCGUGCUUGCCUGCCGAAUCUGCCGCACGAUCCUUGGUCGCGGCAAGAAUUGGCGACAGCAGCUGAAAGACUUUUGUGUCUUGCUGAAGCUUAUCACCCGUCCGCAAAUUAG